ACAAUGUGCAGUCUGUGCCCGAACAACAUGUCUCCUGCAACCUACCGUUCUCACGCGGAUCGAGAAGCCCAACGUCGUCGUCGUACGGAGGGAAUCCGCCAGUCAUUAGAGCAGUACUUUCAGGAGGAAUUGGGUGAACCCGACACAACGCCCAAGCCCCUCACGAUUUCUCUCCAGUGGGAUGAGGUUCCGAUCUCACACGAGCAUCAACUUUGCUUGUCGAGGACGGGCGUGGCCGACGACAAUCGACGGAUGAAUCCAGGCGAGACUGCCUUUGUCUGCUUUAUAGGACAGAGCCUAGGGGUUUGGUGGGGUGAAGACAAGGAGGAGUUUGGAUAUCCCCACUGCAAUGGCAAGUCCGGCUGCGUUGUGCAAGAGUACGAGAGCCUUCACGAUGCUGAGGUGGCUUAUGAGUAUGCCACAACUCACGAUCUGGUGCGAUUUCUGGAACACAGACCCUAUGGUCCCGGACUGCGUCCCGAUUACGCUCGCCACUCGCCACCUACGCAGCACUACACUCUAGCCGAGAUCACGAGGCCGGACGACCAUCCACUUUCCGAGCGCUUGGAGACCCCGCGUUGGUACGUUGUCAUUCGUGGUGCCGAGCCUGGCGUAUAUCGCUCUUACGUCAUGGCCGGCUUGAAGAUGAGGGAGCCGCCUCCUAUCGGUUACGCUGAGAUACACUUCUCUGCGUCUGAUGCCCUCGGCGCUUGGGAGAAGGCUGCGCGAGACGGUGAAGUCGAGGCCGUGACCUUCAGAGGUUGGACAGGAUAUCCUGAUCUUGUCGACGAGGAUUUCUUCAAUUAACGUGUCGUGAUGAUAUACAACGUUCUCUUUCUAUGUCUGUACAAAGGCUCUUUUAUAUAUGGCUGGCUCAAACGCGA